AGGUGCGACCCAACCAGAGAUUCCUCAAGAGACCCACCUGAGCCGCGUGCCAGAGCAGGAGGAGGACAGGCUAUAAGAAGAGGCAAAGAGCAGCUAUUGGACCAGUUGAUCGACUCCAAAGCGCGCAGCAUCACUUCACCUGACACGGGACCCACUCUCUCCUUUCGCACACACAUCCCGAAGCCACCAUGUACUUGAGGGCGUACGAGUCGUGCAACUUCUUAUUCCUACUAUGCAUCCUUUUGAAGAAUUGCCAAGCUUUCAAGAACGACGCCACGGAAAUCCUAUACACGCACGAGAGCACGCCGGUGCUAGAUGCAGUCGGUAACGUCUCGUUGAACCGAGCAAGAAACGGAGGACGGGGCGCAGGUGACAGCACGGCGCACGAGAGAAAUGAGCGAGGGCAGAUGGGCUGCAGGGAACUGCGCUCCACCAAGUACAUCUCGGACGGCCAGUGCACCAGCAUCAAGCCCAUCAAGGAGCUGGUGUGUGCCGGUGAGUGCCUGCCGGCGCCGAUGCUGCCGAACUGGAUCGGGGGCAGCCGCGGGAAGAAGUUCUGGAGCCGGCGGAGCAGCCAGGACUGGCGCUGCGUCAACGACAAGACGCGGACACAGCGCAUCCAGCUGCAGUGCCAGGACGGCAGCGCCCGCACCUACAAGAUCACCGUGGUGACGGCCUGCAAGUGCAAGCGGUACUCUCGACAGCACAACGAGUCCGGCAACAAGAUGGAGGAGGCGGCGCUGGCGUCGCCGGUGGGGACCCAGGUGGUUCACAAGCACAAGACCAAGAGCAAGAGGAAGCUGGGGAAGAACCGCUUCGACGAGAACUGGCCCAGUCCCGAACCCUGAACCCUGAACCCUUAUCUCCCCGGCCCAAUGUCGCCUAGACAGAAUGCAAAGGGCCUCCGUUUCGCAGCAUGUUAUGGUGGCGAAGAGACUUUAUUACACGUGACGAGGAGUCCGUUUGGCAUCCUCUUGAGUCCUUACAUCGGUGGUCGUGGAUUGUAUCUCGAGGUGACAGGGACUGCAUUCCUGGGAUGGGAGUUUCUGGUUGCUAUGACGAUGGAGCACUCUUGAAGGGCACACAUGGACCCGGCCUCUGAUAAAAAACUGGACUGUACUAUCUGUAGGGUUUUCUGGACCAACAGUGCCUGAGAUGUAGUCUUUGUUAUUGUAUAUCUUUUUAUAAAUCUGGAUGGUGAUGUGUAGCCACGUGUAUAGGCACACCCACUCCAUAUAAAAGACAUUAAACCAUGCGUCCCUGAAAGAUGCGGAGAAUGUGUGAAUAAUUGUACAUACACCUUCUUUUUUUUAAUCAAUAUUGGUCUUCCAAAAGAUUAUCACUUUAAAAGUUCACAAUAUGAGACGUAUGAUGUAAUAUAUUUUUUAACGCAACGUUUGGUUCAUUCAUGGUGUAAUAAAUGUGACAUAAGCUAAGACUGAGCAGUGCAUUGCAUAUUAUUGUUGUGCCCUCUUAUGAAAUAAAUUCUUUAUAUUCACUUUAAA